AUGCAGCCUGAGGACCAGGGUGCAGCCGUGAUGUCCGAAUCGGAAAGCGUGCCGGUUGAAAACAACGUGAGAAAAGCUGCAUCGGAAGAAAAGGCCCCUGCGGAUGACAAACAGGAUGACGGAAACUCUGCUGCUGAGGAGAGAAGUGACGAUGAGGAGCCAAAGCUUGGCCUGCUGUACCAGCCACUGGAGCUGUCAGGUUCUCUGCAGCGCAAGAAUGUUGAGCGGCUGUACGUGAGCUUCCGCACAGCGGCACGUGAGCGGCCCCCACCAGAGCAAGGAAAAGGCACACCACUGGGUGACUGCCCCCACAUCGAGCACAACAUCAACCGUGAGCGCUCAGAGAGUCUCAAGGUUUUGCAUCGACUGCUCUUUGGCCGCCCAGGAGCGCCAUCCGAGAUCAAGAAGAAUUUGUGCAAGUUCAGUGGGUUUCCCUUUGAGAAGGACUCUGCAGAGUAUGUGAAGAGACAAAAGAUGGUUGCAAAGCUCAAAAAGACUGCCCACAAGGACUUCCUGGCUAUGCUUCAUUUGGAGAAGAGUGGCACGGUCGAGGAGUGCACGGAUCGCAUUCUCAACUUCCUGCUCAAGCCCUUUGAUAACAAGAAGGUCCUGCUAGCUACCAAGAAGGGAAAGAGAAAGUCUAUGACACUUGCUUCCGCUGGCAAGGGCCAGACGAAGAAACAAAGGACGGCAACUCCCAAGGCAGAGAAGGGGAAGGCAUCUCGAAAGCGGCCUGCAAAGAAGACCAGCACUCCUGCCAAGUGGAGGAAAGUAGCAAAGAAAGAGGAUUCCGACGAGGACGACAAGUCUGACGAGAAAGAGGUGCCUGUGCCAACUGAACGACAACCGAAACGACGCUGUGAAGUGAAGUUCCUCCUCUUCAUUUCGGGGCUGGAGCGAACUGCCGCGGACACGUUCUUUCUCGCCAGCUCUUUCUCGCAAGGAUGGAACUCCCUCGGGCGUGGACGGCUCCCCGCUGCCGGUGAAAGAGGAGCCAAAGCCGCUCACCACAGCCCAACUGGCCUCCAGGCUGCUGUUGUCCAGGUAUGCUGA